AUGGAGGGUAUCAAGAAAACAUUUGCGCAAUGCAAAGAAGAAAAUCGGCCUACAUUUGUGACUUUUGUUACAGCUGGAUUCCCUACAGUUGAAGAGGCAGUAGAUAUCAUAUUGGGAAUGGAAGCUGGGGGCGCAGAUAUUAUUGAACUUGGUGUUCCUUUCACGGAUCCCUUUGCGGAUGGGCCUACGAUUCAGACCGCAAAUACUCAAGCGCUUGCGAAUAAUGUCACGAUAGAGUCCACCCUAGGGAUGGUAAAAGAAGCUCGGCAAAGGGGUCUCCGAGCACCGGUGCUAUUAAUGGGUUAUUACAACCCAUUGCUGAGCUAUGGCGAGGAGCAAUUGAUGAAUGGUUGUCGUGCGACUGGUGUAAAUGGCUUCAUUGUGGUAGAUCUCCCUCCGCACGAGGCUAUGAAAUUCAGAAACCUUUGUGCGAAGGGAGGAUUGUCGUACGUACCUCUUAUCGCUCCUUCCACUUCCGAAAACCGACUCAAAUUUCUCUGCAAAGUUGCGGACUCUUUCGUCUACGUCGUAUCGCGUAUGGGCGUCACGGGUGCAACAAGUACUCUUAAUGCCGAUCUACCUCAGCUAUUGAAACGAAUAAAGCAAUACUCUGGCAAUAUCCCAAUAGCAGUUGGUUUCGGUGUCAGCACAAGAGAUCACUUCUUGAGUGUAGCCAGCAUAGCAGAUGGCGUUGUCAUCGGCAGUCGAAUUAUCACAACCUUGGCCGAGGCGGCUCCUGGAGGUCGGGCCAAAGCUGCGGAGGAAUACUGCGCUGGGAUAUGUGGGAGGAGUAAUUCACUAGAAUGUCGAACGACUCGAGGUGUUGGUAUUAUUGAGGUAUCGAAUGAAGCUCAAGAGUCUAAUACUCCCGUACAUGUGAAUGGUACCAAACAUUCAAAGGGCAACCAGUCAGGACUGCUUGAUGAACAAGAGGCAAUCAAGUCCGAGGGAGAAAGUCCAAAACUCUUUCCUGCAGCAUUUGGUGAAUUUGGGGGUUCGUAUUCCCCAGAAUCACUAAUGAGUUGCCUUUCAGAACUGGAGGCAGGUUUUGAAGAAUUUCGGAACGACCCCGAGUUUUGGGCAGAAUUCCGAUCAUACUACCAUUACCUAGGAAGGCCUGGGCAUCUUCAUGUCGCGGGUCGCCUUACUGAACAGGUUGGCGGAGCCACUAUUUGGCUGAAGCGUGAGGAUCUGAACCAUACUGGAAGUCAUAAGAUCAACAAUGCUCUGGGACAGGUUCUUCUGGCUCGUCGUUUGGGUAAGACUGAAAUCAUUACUCAGACCGGUGCUGGCAUGCAUGGCGUAGCAACUGCCACAGUCUGUGCUAAAUUCAACAUGAAGUGCACGGUCUUCAUGGGAGCGGAAGAUAUCAGGAGACAGGCACUGAAUGUAUCCACGAUCAAAUUACUUGGUGCUGAUGUCAUCCCUGUCGAGGCAGGCUCAAAAACCCUUAGAGACUCCGUUGACGAAAGCUUUCGAGUUUUUCAUUACGAAGCUAUUGGCCCACACCCCUUUCCUACGAUCGCGCGCACUUUCCAGACUGUCAUUGGAGAUGAGAUGAAGACACAAAUGCUGGAACAACGAAAUAAACUACCGGAUGCGGUUGUUGCCUGCAUCGGUGGGGGCAGUAAUUGUUUAGGAAUGUUUUAUCCGUUUAUUAAUGAUCCAAGUGUGAAGCUUCUGGGAGUCGAAGCAGGGGGUGACGGCCUUGAGACGAAGAGACAUGCCGCUACUCUAACUGGCGGCACUAAGGGGGUCUUACAUGGGAGUAGGACAUAUGUGUUGCAGGAUCAGCACGGACAGAUACAAGAUACCCAUUCCAUCUCAGCUGGUCUGGGCUAUGCUGGGGUUGGACCAGAGCUGAGUUUUUGGAAAGACUCAGGACGUGCAACAUUUAUUGCCGUUACCGAUAAUCAAGCUUUCGAGGGGUUCAAACUGCUCACUGAGAUGGAGGGGAUUAUUCCCGCUCUAGGGACUGCUCAUGCUGUUUGGGGCACUGUUGAGCUGGCCAAGACAAUGAAGAAAGACCAAGAUGUUGUUAUCUGUGUUAGUGCAAGAGGUGAUGAGGAUGUGGAAAGCGUGGCGGAUAAACUACCCAGACUAGGACCAAAAUUGGGUGGGGUUUGA